AUGGGAAUCGAGGAAGCACCGUUGAAGCAUCUCCACACUCUGUCAUUGUUAUCAGUUCACCCAGGAGCGGUCCUUUACCUGCGUCCAGCCCUAGGAUUUGGUGUUUCAUCUGCAUCUUACAAGCGGUGGUCCCAGAUCCGCAAGCUCACAGUCCACAUGGCGACUUUCGGCCAUGAGCCAGGUCGGCCGACAAACCACCUUAAGCUCCUCCAUGCAUAUCUAGGAAGCUUCCCAUCUCUGCAAAGACUGGUUUUCCAUUGGGAAGGCGAGAGCCCAGCCAAAGGAAAGUCCACUCAAGCCUGCCCAAAGACAUGCGCGUUACCCCUACGACCAUUGAAAUUGAAACAUCUUCAGCAGAUGAAGUUGGUCAAUGCAAUAAUGGACGCGUCGCAAGUGGCGUCUUUUAUCCAAGAGCACCGGAGUACUUUGCGCGAGUUUAAUUUCGAAAACGUGGUAAUUCGCAACGGCAAUUGGGACGACGCGCUCGCGCCGUUGACAAGACUCAGCGCAGCGAGGGGUAGAAGCAGGGCCUGCGCGACACUGACACUGUAA